AGAAAAAUAAACGAAGAAGAAGAAAUAUGGCGGCCUUCGGAAAGUCACGGUGCUUAUGUCGAGGCUACUCUUGGUUGCAAAGUGUUAAGAGAAAUAAAAACCUGCAUGUAAAAUGCGUCACCAGGACUUUUUGCCGCGAUCCGCAAGACAGCGGGCAAAACACCGAAAAGCCCCAGUUCACAGACCCAGUUGUGCAGGACAUCCUCACCAGGAUAACAGGCCUGGAUCUGCAAAAGGUGUUCCGAUCACUUAAACAGGAGCUGAGCCCGCCAACGUAUAAACUCAUGACCGAUGAACAGUUGGAGCAGGCGAUGACGUUGGCCACGGAGAAGGCAAAAAAGCUGCUUCAAAUGCCACCCGUUUUACCUGAGAGGAAGCCCAUCAGUGACAUACUGUCUGUGGACAAAAUUCUAGAUGGGAUGGAUACAGCCAAAUACGUCUUCACAGACAUCACCUACAAUAUUCCACACAGGGAAAGGUUCAUCCUUGUGAGGGAGACCAACGGCACUCUAAGAAAAGCCACCUGGGAAGAGCGGGACCGACUCAUUCAGGUCUACUUCCCAAAGGAUGGACGCAAAAUCACUCCGCAUCUGCUCUUCAAUGAAGAGAACCUAAAGAUGGUGUUCUCUCAGGACCGACAUGAGGAUGUUUUGGACUUGUGUCUAGUCCAGUUUGAACCUGACUCUUCACAGUACAUCAAGGUGCAUGCAGCCACCUAUGAAGAUCUGGAAAAACACGGGAAAUACGAGCUUCUUCGUUCUACGCGGCACUUUGGAGGCAUGGCCUGGUACCUGGUCAAUGCUCGUAGGAUUGAUGGCCUCAUCGUGGACAUGUUGAAGAAGGAAUUGGUGGAGGAUGCAGUCAGCCUCGUGUCUCUCUUCCACCUGGUUCACCCUCACAGCGAGUCGGCACAGGAAGCUUCCAAACGUCAGGCGGCAAACACCGACCUUCUCAAGAUCUAUGCCCAGAAGGAAUCCCAGAGGUCUGGCUACAUUGAGUUGACCUUGCAGGCAUACGAACAGUCUGAGUCGAACAGCGCUGCCGUCUAAUCGACCCGUUCCCAUUUGGAAUUCUGCAAAUCAGCAGAGCAAGAUAACCGCAGGCUGAAGGUAGCCAUCUCAUUUGACGGCUAUGCAGCGAGCUCUGCCAUUGUAGGGGAACGUGUGCUUCAUAAAUGAACAAUUUAUGGAGACAUAAUACAUGAUGUAAUUGUGUUGAGAGUUGUCGUCCUAACCGCUUUGUGUACAUAACGGAACAAAAUUAAAGUCACUGUAAUUAAAAGAAAAAUCUCCUUGUACCUCUG